AUGGCGGAAGGUGAGGUGGUAAAACUACAGAACCACCUGAGUUUGCUGCGUGAGGAGUAUGUAAAGCUACAGAACCGCUUGGCUGAGGUGGAAAAGAAGUACCAGAUAGCCACAGCAAGUGCCGGGCAAGUUGGUAAUGACAACUUUGUCGCCAGACUUCUGAAGACUGUGGCUGAUUUAUUUGACAAAGAAUUAUAUAGUGAUUUACAAAUACAGUUAGAUGGCUCCAAACACGUGUUUGGUCAUCGUUUCGUCCUUGCAGCCAGGAGUGACUACUGGGGAGUCCCAGACCUUAGUCAAGUGUCCUGUCUGGAUUUCUCAAACAUUAAGUAUGAGGUGGCCCAUGCCUUGUUACGCUGGGCAUACACAGACGAUAUCGAUAUCAGGUCUGACAGUGAAUUCCUACUAGAACUCCUCAGGGCAGCCACAAAGUUCAAACUAAAGACUCUACAGGAGAGAUGUGAAAACGGCCUUAUGUCCUUUGUUAACAUGAAGAACUGCAUCACAUUCUAUCAGACAGCAGAGGAAAUUGGAGCGGAUCUGUUGAAAGGACACUGUUCUACAUUGAUAUCAAACCACUGGAAUGACUUCACCAGUGAAGACUUUGUCCAUAUGCCAGCCCCACUAUUGUACCAGAUGUUCAAAGCCAAAACUGACUACCCCCUCCAUGCCACGAUACGUGCCAAACGGGAGGAUGCCUUGUUUUUAUACCUCAUAGAGUAUGACGCUCAGUUGUCUAUCAAAUUAAAUGAUGUUGAUGACAAGGGAGACCUGCCCUUAGAUCUGGCCCUACAGUCUAGACAGACGAGUAUAGCCGAGACGUUAAUGAAACACCAAGUAGAUGUGAACCGACGGGACAACACUGGAAAAUGUCUCCUACAUAAGGCCAUCAAACGAGGUGAUGAGUUUUCUGCCGAUUUCCUGAUCAGUAACAGAGCGGAUGUUACUAUGACAACCCAUCUAGACAGAGAAUCUCCACUCCACAUGGUUGCGUCCUUUAACCCUGAUGUGACCAGCCCUGAUGUCAUUACUGGGAUGGCACAUAUUGCUAAGAAAUUAAUGGAGCAUGGAGCAGACCCCAACCAUCAGGAUACCUCUGGGAGUACUGCCCUCCAUACUGCUGUGUUCAGCAAGAAUGUGGAAGUGUUUCAAACACUUCUAGACAGUAACAAAAUCCAUUUUGAGCUGAAGAACUCUGAUGGCCAUACUGCAUUGUGGCUCGCCCUACAGCAGGGAGAAGAUAGGGAUGGUGAUGUACAGACAGUGUAUGGUCCACUGAGUUUUGCUGCACAGCUCCUUGCCAAGGGCAGCUCACCUGACGCUGUCGAACCAGAAACAGGUGACACCAUGCUACAUCUUGCCACCAGGUCCGGCAAUGAAAGGGCGGGUAUAUUCCUGGCUACUCAUGGAGCCAAAGUGAAUCUCUCUAAUAGUAAGGGUGAGAACCCCCUACAUUUAGCAUGUCAGAAAGGACUGUCAAAGCUUGUAGAGGUGUUACUGAGCAAGGGAGGUAACCCUAACGGCCAGACAAGGAAGUCAACAAUGAGUGAUCUGAUGCUAGGCCAGGACGAGACUCCCGUAACAUUACAAACUCCGCUACAUCUGGCCCUCGUCAACAAACACAGCGAAAUCGUGGAGAUCUUCUUACAACAUAAAGUGGAGGCAGCCCACAGCGAGGACAAUGUCCUUAUCCUUCCAAAUUUUAACCUGAAGGACUCUGAUGGCCAGACAGUCCUUGGACUUGCCCUGUGGAGUGGACUGCACUCUGAGGCUGACCGACUUCUUGGAGCGGGUGCUAACAUCAAUGAGAAAAAUUCUGAUGGAUUCACACUUCUUCACCAGGCCAUAGAGAAACAGGAUACAACCAGUGCUAUGUUUCUUAUAGAGCACCAGGCUGACCUCAACAUGAAAUAUGUUGAAGAUUUCUUUGGGACCAAUUCACUAGAGACUCCAUUACAACAUGCCAUACAGCGCCAUCUACCAGUCGUAGUUGACAUGCUAUGUAAAAGGGGUGUGAAUAUGAACUUGCUUGAUCAUGAAAAAUCAUGUCCACUUUGGCAGGCUCUAGACACCGGCCAAGAAGAUAUUGCUCAGAUUCUGGUGAAACAUGGUUGUGACCUUGACCUUUGGUCGGAGGGCCCAAGUAGCUGUGAGCAAACACUACUUCACCGAGCGAUUGAUGAGAACAAUGAAUCAGUCGCCUGUUUUCUCAUCAAAAGCGGCUGUAACAAGAAUGCCACCCGACGACCAGGGCCAAAUGGUGAAGGCGAGGAUGAGGCAAGAGACCAGCAGACACCACUACAUAUGGCCUGUACAUGGGGACUGGAAGUUGUCGUCCAGUGUCUCAUGGAACACUCAGCAGACGUCAAUGCUCAGGAUACAGAAGGGAAGACCCCUAUCCACAUAGCCAUAGAGAACCAACACCCUGUCAUCAUAUCACUCUUACUCUCUCACCCAAGUCUGGAUCUCACCGUCAGGGACAAACAAGGAUUCACUCCCUUUGCUGCUGCUAUGACAACCAAGAACAACAAAGCAGCUCAGGCUAUAUUAAACAGAGAACCAACUGCUGCAGAGCAGGUCGAUAACCGUGGUAGGAACUUCCUUCACACAGCCAUACAGAAGUCUGAUAUUGAGAGUGUACUCUUCCUAAUCAGCGUCCAUGCCAAUGUGAACUCUCGGGUCCAGGACUCACAGCAACUCACCCCUCUUCACCUAGCCGUCACUGCAGGCUCCGAAAUCAUUGUCCGGAAUUUGUUACUAGCUGGGGCGGAUGUCAAUGCCAAGACAAAAAAGAACGAGACAACCUUACACCUAGCAGCUCUCAAGGAUCACUCGGUCAUUGCCAGUAUUCUCUUGGAGAACGGCAUCGAUUUCGAUGUGGUCGACGAAAAUCUCAACAAUGCCUUACAUGUAGCUGUUCAACAUGGAAAUCUCAACACCGUCAGGAUCCUACUGACUGAGUCACGUGUCAACGCAGAGGCAGUCAAUGCUAAAGGUCAGAUGGCGAUCCAUGUACUGGCACAGUAUGGACGUGAUGCUGCUUCAGCUGUGUUUGAACUCUUCAAGGAAAGCAUGCCCGACUAUCCCAUUGACCGACCAGAUGCCGAGGGCAACACAGCUCUACUCCUGGCUUAUGUUAAUGGUAACGGAAGUUUAUGCCGAAGUCUUGUGCGGUCGGGGGCUCGCUUAGGUACCAUGAACAAACAAGGACUUAGUAUAUUUAACGCUCCUGUAGCAACCAAACAACUCCUCUUUAAAUUAUUAGAUAUGCUAUCUAAGGAGCCACCAUGGUCUGAAGGAGAGGUGUGUUUAGAAUGUACUGUCAAAUUUAGCAUUAAAACAAGAAAACAUCAUUGUCGCCAUUGUGGGCGCCUAGUCUGUGCCAAGUGUUCUGCCAAAGACAUGCCUAUAGUCAAGUACAACCUAUCUAAACCUGUACGUGUGUGUGACAUGUGUUUUGACGUCUUAAGUCUUGGUGGAGCAUUUUAACAAUGAAAUAUGUGUUAUCUUGGAUAAGAGAAUUAAACUUCAGUACCACCGCAAGAACAGGAGGCAACAAAUGUACCAGUGUGCGUCAAACAUUUCACGUCAAACAGCCACAGAAGUGUGAAUAUCUCAUCCGACAGAUGUACCAGUGUGCGUCAAACAUUUCACGUCAAACAGCCACAGAAGUGUGUAUAUCUCAUCCGACAGAUGUACCAGUGUGCGUCAAACAUUUCACGUCAAACAGCCACAGAAGUGUGUAUAUCUCAUCCGACAGAUGUACCAGUGUGCGUCAAACAUUUCACGUCAAACAGCCACAGAAGUGUGAAUAUCUCAUCCGACAGAUGUACCAGUGUGCGUCAAACAUUUCACGUCAAACAGCCACAGAAGUGUGUAUAUCUCAUCCGACAGAUGUACCAGUGUGCGUCAAACAUUUCACGUCAAACAGCCACAGAAGUGUGUAUAUCUCAUCCGACAGAUGUACCAGUGUGCGUCAAACAUUUCACGUCAAACAGCCACAGAAGUGUGUAUAUCUCAUCCGACAGAUGUACCAGUGUGUGUCAAACAUUUCACGUCAAACAGCCACAGAAGUGUGUAUAUCUCAUCCAACAGAUGUACCAGUGUGCGUCAAACAUUUCACGUCAAACAGCCACAGAAGUGUGUAUAUCUCAUCCAACAGAUGUACCAGUGUGUGUCAAACAUUUCACGUCAAACAGCCACAGAAGUGUGAAUAUCUCAUCCGACAGAUGUACCAGUGUGCGUCAAACAUUUCACGUCAAACAGCCACAGAAGUGUGUAUAUCUCAUCCAACAGAUGUACCAGUGUGUGUCAAACAUUUCACGUCAAACAGCCACAGAAGUGUGUAUAUCUCAUCCGACAGAUGUACCAGUGUGCGUCAAACAUUUCACGUCAAACAGCCACAGAAGUGUGAAUAUCUCAUCCGACAGAUGUACCAGUGUGCGUCAAACAUUUCACGUCAAACAGCCACAGAAGUGUGUAUAUCUCAUCCGACAGAUGUACCAGUGUGCGUCAAACAUUUCACGUCAAACAGCCACAGAAGUGUGUAUAUCUCAUCCGACAGAUGUACCAGUGUGCGUCAAACAUUUCACGUCAAACAGCCACAGAAGUGUGAAUAUCUCAUCCAACAGAUGUACCAGUGUGUGUCAAACAUUUCACGUCAAACAGCCACAGAAGUGUGAAUAUCUCAUCCAACAGAUGUACCAGUGUGCGUCAAACAUUUCACGUCAAACAGCCACAGAAGUGUGAAUAUCUCAUCCAACAGAUGUACCAGUGUGUGUCAAACAUUUCACGUCAAACAGCCACAGAAGUGUGUAUAUCUCAUCCGACAGAUGUACCAGUGUGCGUCAAACAUUUCACGUCAAACAGCCACAGAAGUGUGAAUAUCUCAUCCGACAGAUGUACCAGUGUGUGUCAAACAUUUCACGUCAAACAGCCACAGAAGUGUGAAUAUCUCAUCCGACAGAUGUACCAGUGUGCGUCAAACAUUUCACGUCAAACAGCCACAGAAGUGUGUAUAUCUCAUCCGACAGAUGUACCAGUGUGCGUCAAACAUUUCACGUCAAACAGCCACAGAAGUGUGAAUAUCUCAUCCAACAGAUGUACCAGUGUGUGUCAAACAUUUCACGUCAAACAGCCACAGAAGUGUGAAUAUCUCAUCCGACAGAUGUACCAGUGUGCGUCAAACAUUUCACGUCAAACAGCCACAGAAGUGUGUAUAUCUCAUCCGACAGAUGUACCAGUGUGCGUCAAACAUUUCACGUCAAACAGCCACAGAAGUGUGAAUAUCUCAUCCAACAGAUGUACCAGUGUGUGUCAAACAUUUCACGUCAAACAGCCACAGAAGUGUGAAUAUCUCAUCCGACAGAUGUACCAGUGUGUGUCAAACAUUUCACGUCAAACAGCCACAGAAGUGUGAAUAUCUCAUCCAACAGAUGUACCAGUGUGUGUCAAACAUUUCACGUCAAACAGCCACAGAAGUGUGAAUAUCUCAUCCGACAGAUGUACCAGUGUGUGUCAAACAUUUCACGUCAAACAGCCACAGAAGUGUGAAUAUCUCAUCCAACAGAUGUACCAGUGUGCGUCAAACAUUUCACGUCAAACAGCCACAGAAGUGUGAAUAUCUCAUCCAACAGAUGUACCAGUGUGUGUCAAACAUUUCACGUCAAACAGCCACAGAAGUGUGAAUAUCUCAUCCGACAGAUGUACCAGUGUGCGUCAAACAUUUCACGUCAAACAGCCACAGAAGUGUGAAUAUCUCAUCCGACAGAUGUACCAGUGUGCGUCAAACAUUUCACGUCAAACAGCCACAGAAGUGUGUAUAUCUCAUCCGACAGAUGUACCAGUGUGCGUCAAACAUUUCACGUCAAACAGCCACAGAAGUGUGAAUAUCUCAUCCGACAGAUGUACCAGUGUGCUUCAAACAAGUCCCUUCAAACUAUUGUAGCAGACAACAUUGCAUCAGUUGUGUCUCAUUAAAUUAGCAGCUUGUAUCAUACCCAUACAGGUGUAACAGUGCACGUCAAAAAGGUACUGUCUGAACUAAACAACUGGACAAGUAUCCCCGGUACUAGUGUCUACUUUAGGAUGUGAAUGUGUCUUAGUUUGAGUCAGUACAAGUGUCUUGUCAUCUGCAUACACAUAUCUUGUCAUCAACAUACAUGUGUCUUGUCAUCAGCAUACAGUUUUGCUGAAACAAAAAAGAUUAUGUAGUUUUUACUUGUAACAGUACAUGUAUAUAUGCGAUAGGGUAAAUUGCCUGUCCCCUAUAUUGUUUUCAGGAACAUAUGGUACAGGGUAUGAUUUAGUAACAUAGAACGGGGUAUGAUUUAGGAACAUAGUACUGGGUAUGAUUUAGGAACAUAGUACUGGGUAUGAUUUAGGAACAUAGUACCGGGUAUGAUUUAGGAACAUAGUACUGGGUAUGAUUUAGGAACAUAGUACCGGGUAUGAUUUAGGAACAUAGUACUGGGUAUGAUUUAGGAACAUAGUACCGGGUAUGAUUUAGGAACAUAGUAUCGGGUAUGAUUUAGGAACAUACUACCAGGUAUGAUUUAGGAACAUAGUACUGGGUAUGAUUUAGGAACAUAGUACUGGGUAUGAUUUAGGAACAUAGUACUGGGUAUGAUUUAGGAACAUAGUACCGGGUAUGAUUUAGGAACAUAGUACUGGGUAUGAUUUAGGAACAUAAUACCAGGUAUGAUUUAGGAACAUAGUACUGGGUAUGAUUUAGGAACAUAGCACCGGGUAUGAUUUAGGAACAUAGUAUGUGGUAUGAUUUAGUAACAUACUACCAGGUAUGAUUUAGGAACAUAGUACUGGGUAUGAUUUAGGAACAUAGUACUGGGUAUGAUUUAGGAACAUAAUACUGGGUAUGAUUUAGGAACAUAGUACUGGGUAUGAUUUAGGAACAUAGAACCGGGUAUGAUUUAGGAACAUAGUACCAGGUAUGAUUUAGGAACAUAAUACCGGGUAUGAUUUAGGAACAUAGUACUGGGUAUGAUUUAGGAACAUAGAACCGGGUAUGAUUUAGGAACAGAGUACCGGGUAUGAUUUAGGAACAGAGUACCGGGUAUGAUUUAGGAACAUAGAACCGGGUA